AUGUUCUGUUUAUCGUCAUCAGCUAAUUUUUAUUUAAAUAUUGAUUAUGAAGAAAAAAUCAAUCCAAAAAAAUAUCAAGAAUUUAAAGUUGAUGAUUUAAUUGAAUCGUUAAAUCAAUGGAUUCAAUCAACAACAACAACACAUUUAGAUUUAUUUUUAUCUAAAUUGAAAAAUGAAAAUGAAUAUGCACCAUUUGGAGAACAAAUUUUAUCAUACGAGUUAAAUGGAGAAAAGUCUACGGCAUAUUUAAUAAAUCGUGUUAAUCAAAAAAUUUGUGAUGAUAAAAAUUCAUUGAGCGAUAUUCACUGUCAAAUAUAUUAUGCACCUAUUGGAUAUAGUACAGUUUAUUUCUAUUAUGCUUAUCCGAAUAAGAAACGACCAAGAAUCAGUCAAGUAUUAACUUUACCAACAUAUCAAAGGAAAGAUCAUGGAAGACGUCUUUUAACAGCCAUUUAUAAUGAUUUGCGAAAAGAUUCACGUGCUCAAGAUAUAACAGGCAUCGCAAUUAGUUUCGAUAAAACAUCAGAGUUUUGA